AUGAGGCUCUGUCUCUCUGGGUUACUCUUCCUCCUGGUGAUCUCAUUGCCUUCAGAAACUGAUGGAGUAGAAAUAUAUACCUGCACUUUGCUUGGUGGCAAAUGUUUCCUUGGCUGUAAACUCGGAUGGAAAUGGAUUGCAUUCUGUCACAACGUGAUGUCUUGUUGCAAAGUGGCGAAACACAAACCUUACCUGCUCAAUGAGCAAUGA